AUGUCUGGUUUCCCUGCAUUGAAUAUCGAGCCGGAGGUUGACAACAUAGAAGAAGUUGACGAUACUCGCGAGAUUCAACUCGAGGAAGCCCUCAAGCUCUAUCAAAAUGCUCUCAGACUCCAUUCUCUGGGCCCGGAAUAUCUAGAUCAGGCCGCGAAUGCAUACACGGAGCUCUUCAACUCGGAGAUCUUCCGCUACCCUGAAGCCAUUUCUGAAUUUACACGAGACGAGUUGGACAAUGGCCCAGGGGAUACACUCACCGUUGAUCAAUCACUGCCACAGGUGAAUCUUGUUCAAGGCGCAAGUACAGAAGCAUCUCCUAGCUCUCUACCACAAAUCAUCUAUCUUUCAUUCAAGAAUUACGGUCAAUUUCUGCUUGAACAGGAUGCAUUCGCCAACCCCCACUACGACUCCCAGGAUGGAUCGAAGAAGUCCUCUUCUCACGACAUUAUUCUAAUAUGUUCGAAGGCACUAAAACAGUUUGCUCAAGCGCUAGAGAGGGAUGACACUGAUUUGGAUCUGUGGAGGAAAGCGGCGAGGGUCGCCCAGAUCUGCAGCAGUGAUAGGACCAUACGAUUCUGUCUUGAGAGCGUUUUAGCAGGAGACGAUGACAGAGCCAACGAGGUGGUGGAGAUACUUGGACUUGAUGAAGCGCUCGCAGCAGGACAGCUGGAAGAUAUUGUUGGCAGUCUUGAAGAUGAUCUUUCUUUUAUACAAUCUUCCAGCAACAAACCAAGAAAAGAUCUUCUGAGGCUCCUGGGAAAGACCAUCGAACCAUUUCCCUUUCUGCCCUCUCAGUCUCAUCUUUCUCGAGAUCGUCAUCCGAAGCGUAGGGCCCUUGCUUAUCAGCCGAAGCGAUGGGUUGUGCAAGCUACCACUCGAAGCUGGCAUGGAGUCGGGCAGGCAAUCCUGCAGGCUUUGAAUGACGAACAGCAAUCCAACAUAGAUCCAGGUCCUGGGGCUGCUGUACAGAUCGACGUCCCUGCCGAGCCCGAAUUGAGCGAAAGGAGCAAGGUGGAUAUCGGCUCCCUGCCCUCUAAGGUGGAAUCCAGACCGGCCAGAGAAGCUAGUGGCAGGGACUCAGAGAUGACAGACGGUGCCGCUCAACCCUCAACGGAUUUCGUUCUCUCUGUCAAGACUGAAACGGUCACCCCAUCAGAGAGAGACUCCUUGCCAGAUCCAGCUUUGGAUAUUGUCAUGGACUCGUCAAAGGCUGAAGCGUCGUCGAAAAGAGCCAACGAAAUAUGCCAAGGGGACGAAAUAAAUAAGGAAGGCGGACAAACUUGUCUUCCAACCCGGAAAAGAUCUGCUGAGUUUGCUGGCCAUGAUGAGCCAGUAGAUAAUGGACGGUCGAAAAGCAAAAGACUGCGCAACCGUGAGUCCAAUGCUGAUGCCAUGCUGCAAGAAGAAGAGACCGCCAACACCCUUGCCAAGUACUACCAGGAUCAACUCAGUGACCUGGCUUUGGCGGAUCAGUGGUUGUUCUCCACCAGCGCUUCUUUGCUAUCAAAACUUGGAGUUGAGGAACUCGGAUCACUCGAAGAUCUGCGAGAUGACAUCCUUCAUGCGUCAAAUGUGGAGGACUUAUCAGACACCGAUCUUUCCGCAGAUGCGAUUGCCAUGAAAGACCUUCGAUCCGCCCUAAGUUCGUGGACGGAGGAGAAAGCGAGCGCAGCGGCGUACGGGUAUGGUGGGAGUACUUUUGGUGGAGGAAAAGCUGGCCUUACACUCUUCCUUGAGCACUCGAAGACCGCCGUACCGAGGUCAGAUAGCAUCUUACCAUUUGCAUCGAGUAAAGAUUUGUUUCAAUUUAUAGCUCGAUGCAACGAGGGGUGGUAUAGUAUUCAGCAGACGGCCUUUGACUGGCUUGAAGCACUCAUACAACCAUCUUUAUCGUACGAUGCCACUUGCUCUUCGAAUUGUCUAACGCAAUCAUCAUACAAGACUACUCUCUGGCCUGAAGAUUUGAAAUUAACCGUGGUUCAACUCAUCGUUCGUGCAGACGAGUACAUCUACCAAGUCAUGCAGCAGCGACUGGACGAGCUGGUCAGCCGAAUGCUCUCGAUCGCCCAAGGCUCGUCGGCAGAGUAUACACUUCGAGAUGUCGCCAUUGCAGACGCGGCCGAAACAUUAUAUGAGUUACACCUUGACAUCUACUCAAGGAUCACAAAUCCAAGCAGUCAAGUGGACAGCGCGACUCGAGUUCUUCAGCACGAUCGUUUGCAGAGAUGGAGCGAGCUUGCAGGAUCUUUCAUCAACAUCUAUGCAGACCGUGCAGAUGAUGUUCCUGUCCAGCAAUGGCAUGUCAUUCGUUUCAUAUGGACUGCGACCACACAUGCUAACAUGGCGGACAAUACCUCCCAAGAACAUAUCACGCUAUGUCUCCAGGACCUUCAAAAGCUGAUGAGUCUAGCCGGCAAUCCAACUAUAAUCUUACCCAACAAUGCAGCACUGCCUGAAAUCUCUUUCUCGGCUGUGGAACAGGAAAUCUCACGAAUCAGUACCCUUGAUUUCUUCAUGAGCGUUUUCAACGAUGACUCGAAAGACCCUAUUGGUGUGAUCGAAAGUCUAGAGCCAAUACUAGAACCUUGCAGUCAGCCAUCAGCUAUUAGCCCUAUUUCUGUUGAUGGCUCCGAGCAGCCGUCGCCGAUCUCGGUUCAAACGCAGCAACUAAUUGAGUUUCUUGAGUCUGGCGAUGCGUCGCUGAGAUUGUUUCUCUGGCGGCGCCUGCGUGAUGCCUACGUCGCCAUCGACUAUCCCCCCAAAGUAUUAUCGUGCUAUUUAAGAAGUAUCGAAGUAAUAGUUUCGGAGCUCCUGUCGCAAAGGCACAUCCGCUUGGCGACCAAUACCCGACAGCUCGCUUUGCUGAAGUGGUUCAAAGAGCUUGACGACAUCAUCGGCAAAUUGCUUCACAGAAUCUUAGCCGAUUCAGAAGCUUUCGAAGUCGUUGACGAGCCACACCUGCAGAGUUCCUUCUCAACAAUCGCUCGACUUUCUCGCAUAUUGCAUAGCAUUGUCCUGUAUGAGGAUGCUGUUCGAGUUGGUCAGCUAUCUGAACUCAAAGGAAAGAAUAUUUCAGGUACGAAAUCCCUGGACAAAUUUAGAGAAAAAUUGCGGGAUAUGUAUGUCCGGAUAUGGACGCUGCAAUAUACUUUGUUGAGGGAAGGGAUUGCACAAAAGAAGGACCAUUUUGAAAAUCCUGCGGAUGAUCAGGCAGCAUUUUUACAGUCGCUACAUCAUGCUCUCGGCUUACGAGGAUAUUGCAAACAUUCCAGCAAAAUCUUCUUAAGGCUUCUAAAAUCUGAAUUGAUGACAUUGAAUACGAAGGACGACUAUAGCGCGGACAUGGCGCAAGUUUUGUUCGACCUGCAUCAGCUCAGGUUCGCCCCUGGGAUUGGAGACUGGAACCAUGAUUGUCCACCAGAGCCACUUGACAAGAAAUCAGCGGCACACAUUCUGGAGAAUGUCGUGUUGCAAGCACGCAAAAUGAACAUUAAGGAUCUGCUCAAGAGUGAGCUGAAAAGCACCAUCGAGAAGGUUCAACAAGCGUUGGGAGCACCGAAAUCUUCUCCCACGCUGUCCUACAAUAGGCGAGUCAUCAAUGCGUAUCUCAAGUCUCCAGUCAAUCAAUUGCAGCUCUUUCGAGCAUCGAGAGGUGAGGGCAGUCUACCCGUACGUAUCGUCCAGGCUGAGAGCGUUAAAAUCGCUGCAUACGGGUGGUAUUUCCUUCUUGGACACAUAGCGCUUGCAAAAUUCAAAUCGAUUAAGAGGACCAAUCCAGGCCCAACAGAUGACUUGGACGUUGCUAUUACCUUCCUCAAGCAAGAUUUGGAGCACGAUAUUGAGAGAUGGGAGACUUGGUUUCGGCUAGCUCAGGUGUAUGAUGCCAAAAUUGAAGAGGAACUUCUUUGGACUGCCGACAAGGUCAACAACUUCCGAUCGGAUUUGGCGAUCCUACAGCGAAAUGCGAUACACUGCUACGAGAUGGCAAUGGCAAUGUCUAUUCGUGGUGCUGAUGACAGUGAAGAAACUGCAAAUAUGGUAUCUGAGAUGUACACAGGAUUUGCGACAAGGUUGUAUGCUUCAUCUCGAGAGCCCUUGAGCAUGGACGCCUUCGACACCAAAUAUCAACAACGACAUUUUACGGGCAGUAAUGAGCAAUCAGGUCUUUACGAAGGGCCUUCCACACCUUCUAUGCGCAUAUUUGCUGUAUGGAGAUUCUCGGCGCAUCUUCUCCGUCGAGCUCUUGCCGAUAAACCUCGGAGCUGGAUUAACCAUUAUAUGCUCGGAAAAUGUCUCUGGAAAAUGUUGACAAAUACCGAGCCCGAAUCGCCGCGAAGAGUUCUGGUUGAAGAAGUGCUUGAUGCGUUCUCGGAUGCAAUUGAGAAUCUACCGGGACGAAAGGACAGCCGCACCGAUCCUAUACUCGAACCACACUUCAAGCUUGUUUCAGUUGUGCACAAGCUCGUGCAUCGAAAGAUGUUGACUCCAUUGCAAGGUAGCGAAGCACUUCAAGUCACCCCUUGGGCAAGAAACGUGCACCUCGCUGAAGAAGACGAUAGCUGGGAACCGUAUGUACUGGAGAUCUUGAAGAAGCUCGGUCACGCGGACAAAUCGAACUGGCAUCACCGUAUCAUCGCUCGUGCGGCCCAUGUCAUAUACGAUGACCAGCAGACUAUUGCUGGUGCCCUUGGAGCGAAGCACGAAUUCACGCAACAGAUUUUCACUAAGACCAUGACAUUGCAAGUAUGGAAGCCGGAACAUGAACGGGCAGGAAGACAUUUCAUCUACACAAGUCGUUAUGUUCUCUUCUUCGUCAGUCUCCUUAACCAGCUAAAUGAUAGGGCAAGUCUGGAUCAGCUUGUAAGACGCAUACGAAGAAGGCCAGGAGAUUAUCUCAACCAUCAACAAGUUUGGGAACAGGUGGUCACCACUUAUAUCGGCCUAUUACGUCGCCUGGCCAAGGUUCCAGUUGGACAUGAAGAGGCAGUCUUUCGAGCGAUGGACCACGAUGAAUUUCAAAUCAACGCCAGGAAGCUGGAAAGUCAUGCUCAUGAGCCGGAGACCUCAAAUCUGGUCCUCGACAUUCUUAGAGACACGAUUGAAGUGAAGAAGCUCAACAAUUCUCUCAUGAAAGGGUCUUUGAUUGAUGACUUGAUUGUCGACUGCUAUACUUCCCUUUACCAGAGCUAUGUUGCGACCCUGCCGCAGGAGGAGAAAGUAGAGCCAAUGGACAGCCAGACUAUCCAACAUGAGUCAGUUCAGGAUGACGGCAACCGGGAACGAAUGAAACUUGGUAGUAUCUUGACUGCGCAAACAGAUGGCAACAUGGUUCUUCCCGGACCUGGCACCAGACCAACAGCCCCAGCGUUGCCGACCGUUGGUCCUUCUGGAAUGCCAGCACCGCCAGCAAAGCCUGCUCGUCCUAAGACUGUGACUCGUCGAGAGGUCCAACGAAAAGCCGAGGGUCUUAUUAUACGACCACCUCCAAUCAAGACUCCCACACUACUCAAGCACACCGCAUUUCCUCGCCCUCCCAUUGCGGUUGAGAUUCCACAAUCGUCGAGCCAGCAUGUCCGAUCUUCUUCUACAACGGACACUCAAGCAAUCAAUGUCGGACUUGGCCUGGGUCCCAUAGAAGGAUCUCGCAUCUUGAAUCUCCGCGAAGAUGCUGUGAACGGUACCAAAAGUGCCGAGAGCUCGAGACCUGGCAGCGUCCAUGACAGUGCCGAUGAUGAGAGCGAAUUGAGUGAGCUUGAGGAAGGCGACAAUGUGCUCGAUGAGGAGGUGGUUGAGGAGGAUAGAGUUGAGAGGUUUAACACAGCAUUAAGGAUGUCAAUCCUAUACCCUGGCCUCCCCUCAAAGGUGUCAGAGAACGACGAUUCGAGUGUGGUCAUUAGUGACAGCGAAUCUGCUCGGAACGAGCGACCGGAGGAUAUGAAUGUUGAUGAAAAUGUUGAGUGUGGUAAAGAAAGUAAUAUGAAUGUAAUCAAUGCUGUGGGCGAAGAUACAAUGAAAGAGUAG